AUGGAGCACCAUAUAAUCCAGCAAGUCGGAGAGCAUGAGGAGGAGGAGGAGGAGGAGGGAUGGCAUGAGAGCGGAAGCGGCAUUCGAGGGGGGGUGCACAGUCACAACACGUUUAGGUACAAGCACAAGAAGAGGUCCAAGGUGUGGGAGGAGUACAAGCCCGUCUUCCUGAACAGGAAGGUUCAGUUUGCAGAGUGCCUGUACUGCCGCAGCCGCAUGAGCUGCAAGGACUCCAACGGAACGAGUCAUCUCUGGCGGCACCAGAAGAUCUGCCCGGCCAAGGAGGACGCGGCGUUUCGGCAGCUCAAGGAUUCCUACUUCCCAUGUGUUUUGGUGAAUCAGAGUGAACCGGUUACACCAAGUGAUCCGGUGAAUCAGAUUAUUUCAGAGACACUGGACGACAUAAACUCUGUAAUUCCCAACAGAUUCAAGUCCAAGGUGUGGAGAGAGUUUUCACCAAUCUAUGUCGAGGGUAAACUCCAGGCUGCAGACUGUGUGCAUUGCCGCAAACGCCUCAGUGCAAAUAAGUUUGGGGGAAGAAGCCAUCUGAGUCGACAUCUGCUGACCUGUCAGGCACGAAGGGGCUACAGUAAUCAGAAGGGAACGCUUUACCCUUCUAGUGCUCCUAAUUUGAAGUCCAUUGGGCAAGAUGAGCUCUCACCUGCCUUGGCAAAUGGGAAAGUUCAGAUAGCAGAACACUCCAGCAAACUCUUCAGGUCUAGUAGCUCUGCUGACACUUCCCCUAUUGUCCGACCCAUUCAAGUGGUGCCGGCACAUCAACCUCUGCCAUCACAAGAUCUUCCAAGCCUGAAGAAACAGAGAACCUCAUUUACGACCACAACUAGUGAAAUGAGGAAGGUUGACCAAGGAGCAGCUUAUCAAGAGCUAGCCAGAAUGAUAGUUUCGCAUGGUUAUCCGUUAUCAAUUGUAGAGCAUGAAGAAAUGAGAAGAUUUGUAAAGAACCUCAACCCUAUGGUUCAUGCAGAUGCAGUCUCGCACAAUGAUAUGGAAGGACAUUGUUGUGCUCUAUUUCAGAAGGAAAAGGCAAAACUUAAGGAUCAAUUGACUCUUUCCUCCCGGCGUGUCUCUCUGUCAGCAAGCAUCUGGACUCCUGAUGGAGCCGAACCAACAGAGGCUUGUGUGCCAGAGUCUGAAUGUGGAGCAUAUAAUGUCAUAUGGGAUGCCAUUAGAGAUUGGAAUCUUGAUCAGAAGCUUUUGAGCUUGACUUCUGUUGGUGAGGUUAGGAAUGAUUCAUUUCCUUCUGAAGAAGCAGCAUCUCCAGAGGAUGUCAUAGUUGCUGAGUCUAUUUGCAAGAUUUUGAGGACGUUUUAUCGUGUUAUUGAAGUCAUUUCUACCUCUAGUUCUCCGACAGCAAACAUGUACUUCAAUGAGAUAUGGAAAGUGAGAACAGUUUUGCAAGAAGAAGCAUCAAGUGAGCACACAGAAAUCACUGUGAUGGUUACAGAGAUGCAAGAAACAUUCAAUGAGUACUGGCAAAAUUCGUACUUGUGGUUAUGCAUACCUGUUAUUCUAGACCCUAGAUUCAAGUUCAGUUUCAUUGAGUUCCGUCUGAAACGAGCUUUGGAUUACAGUCAGCAAGCUACUUAUCUGACAUACGCGAAACACUCCAGGAACUCUUCAAUGAAUACUGCAGUUCAGUGGAUCAGCCGAAUGGGCCACCUCAAUGAGCAAGCGAGCAGGCAGAAAUCCACAGAACUCGACAACUACCUCGAGGAUGGUUUGGUUCCAAGGAAGGAUGAUUUUGAUAUCCUGAACUGGUGGAUGUGUCACGCCACAAAGUACCCGGCGCUUGCAGCUAUUGUGCAGGAUAUCCUGGCGAUGCCAGCAUCUGCUGUUCAAUCCGCAGCAGCAUUCACAAGCAGUGGACCAGUAAUUCCAAAGCACCACAGCAUGUUAAGCAUCAAGACCAUCGAGGCACUUGUUUGCACUCGAGAUUGGACGAGAUAA